AUGGAGAAAUUGAGUGGCAACAGAGUGGUGAUGGGGAAGAGCAUUUAUAUUUUCCAGAAUUCAUUGGCCUUCCCAUACAACUCUGUAUUGCAGUACCUGGCCUUCCUGAACACCGCCACCUUAUGCUUCUUCAUCUAGCUCAGUGCUUUCUGUUGCAUGAAGACCACAACCUUCACCCUCCCCAUCUUCCUGUAGCUAAAACAGAAGGUGUCUGGAUUGGUUCCGUAGAUGCUGCUCAGUUCUGUGGGGUCUCCAUAUUGAGCACCAUCCUAUUUCAUAGGCAACCAAAGCUAAUAUCAGUACUUUUUAAGGAGAGGGUUGCAAUCUUGGAAUGCCACUAGGAAUACUAUAAGAUCAUAUGAGAAAUCCCUGUUCUCUUUAAACCUUGUUACCUGAACAAUCUUUACUCUUGUCUUUCUCGUUGGCAUGGUUUUCUCUCUGGAAAGACAUAAUGAAGGUCCUGCUCUCCAUGGCGGCUUUCGUGACCCCAGUGCCCAGGCGCACAUCAGGGUUCUUCUGGUUCUUAUCUCCUUCACUAUGCUCUUCACCUCCUAUUUUCUGUCACUGGUGCUCAGUGCUGCAGGUGUUUUUCUCUUGGAAUUUAGGCAUUGGAUAUGGCAAACAGUGAUUUAUCUGUGCACAGCUGUCCACCCAUGACUGCUCUUGAGCAGCCCUAGGCUGAGAGGUGUGCUGGAGGGGGGAAGCUGUGCAUGGUGCUGGGCAUCUUGA